CCCAAAUCUGGCAGGUGCCAAUCUCACGUCAAAUGUCUGUAGGAAUCAAGUAGUGUAAAAACUGUAGAAAGAAUACCAUGAAUACAGAUGUGACUCUCAUGAAAAAUGUGCUGGAGGAGUUUGUCUGUUCCUCAAAUGAUGUAAUUGAACUGAAGUUAGUCCGAGAGGAGGCGGAUGUGUUUAACGAUGACAAGAUCUUCCAGCCGGAGUUUACUCACCAGCUCUUCGGCCAAAGUGAGAACAUCUUUGGCUACAAGGGCCUGAAGGUGCAGCUGUACUUUACAGCGGCUAGACUUGUUCCCUACCUUCACAUGACCUCUAGCAGUAAGGUCAACAGUAAGCUGUUUGAUGGUGUCAAGGCUGACAAUGUCCUGAAAACCAUCAUCGACCAACUGGAGAUCCAACCACUGGACAACCUCGACAAGUUCCUAACGGUGAUAUCAGACGACAGCACUUUCCAGCCAAUGGGUGAUCUCCUUCAUGCAUAUUCAGUGGAAGGGGAGGGGCCAGCCCGACACUUCGAGGUCUACUCCAACAGCAUCACGACCCCUGGGUUUAAAGAAUACCAUGAGAGAUUGCAGACAUUCUUGUGGUGGUACAUCGAUGCAGCAUCAUACAUUGACACAGAUGAUGAGAAGUGGGAUUAUUAUACUAUAUUUGAGAGAUAUUCAGUGGAUGGUAACAAGAGAUACGCUGUCGCCGGGUACGCUACAGCCUACAGAUACUAUGCCUAUCCCGACCUCAUAAGGCCUAGAAUAAGUCAAGUACUGAUAUUGCCACCGUUCCAGAGACAAGGACACGGAGUUCACCUUCUAGAAGCAAUGUACACACAUUUCAGGAACGAUAACAAAGUACUGGAUGUAACAGUUGAAGACCCGUCUGAUAACUUUGUGAGACUGAGAGAUUUCGUAGACUGCAGGAAUUGCCAGAAACUGCCGGCGUUCACUCCGCCCAACUUAGGGAAGGGUUUCUCACCAGAAAUGGAGAAACAAGCGUUGGAGAAACUGAAGCUGUGCAAGAAACAAGUGAGACGAGUGUAUGAGAUCUUAAGAUUACGGGUCACUGAUUCAAGUAACCCUGAAGAAAUGAAGGAGUACAGAUUGGACGUCAAGAAGAGACUCAAUAUCCCGUUCCAAAAACAAAAGUCGGAUUACGAGAAGAUGCGCCGUACACUGAAACCAGAGGAACUUUCGGCAACCAUGCAGGGCACCAACCUACAAGAGCGCCAGGAAACGCUUGAGAACUGGUACCAAGAACUGAUAACCAGCUACGACGGUGUGAUCGAGAGACUGGCUAUGGAUUGAUCAAAGGGAGACACAAGGCGUGAUCGUUAUGAGGGUGCUAGGUUAUUACUGCAGGCAGAACGAUUAUAUUCUGCUAAAAAUAAGUCGAGCUUGGCUCAUACUUCCCGCGAAUGAUUCGUGCAAAGUGUAUUUUCUUGCGUCACAAUAGACCCCUUGCAAACGCGAAACGCUACACUGAUGCGCACGUUUUCACGCACAAAGAACAGCUAUCGUCUUAUCAUUUGGCCUCCUUUGACCCCAGUGAGGGCACUUUUUGACCCCAGUGAGGGGGCUUUUUGAGUGUGUGACUUCACAUUCAAUGGGUCUAUUGGAAAAACAGUUCGUAUGAAUUAUUGCGUCACCAAAAUUCGCAUUUGCAUUCUCAGGAGUAUGAACCCGGCUUUACAGCGAGGCCUCUUAGUGAAGCCCGUUUUUGUUUUCACUCUCAACCCCUCAAAGAUAUACCAGUCAUUACCUCUUUCGAUACUCAACUAUGUUGACUGGUUGGUAGAUGAGAAAAUAGAAUGGGAGACUUUUGGGACGCUGGUGGCAGCAGACUUACCAGGUAAAAUCCAUUGUU